CCCCGCUGAUAAAUGACUGUAAAAGUCCUCCCAGACUGAAACAGUUUCCAGGUAGGCAGUGUUAACGCUGUGAUCAAACCUGCUUUUCCUCAGUUCAUCCACACGCUGUGGAACAGAAGGACGGGGACCAUCAUCCUGAGCCAUGGCCAGCCUGGCACCGGCCAAUCCUUCACAUGCUGCCUUUGACCUUUUUGUCCAAGCCAAGACCUGUGUGGAAGUGAGACAGCACUUCACCACGCUCUGUCGGCAGCUGCACAUCGAUCCUAAAGACUUCAGGAACUUUUACACCAAACUAAAGGAGAAACUGAACUACUGGAAGGCCAAAACUCUGUGGACCAAGUUGGACAAGAGAGCGGCUCAGGCAGUUUACCAGCAAGGGAAGGCCUGCACCAAAAACAAGUGUUUGGUGCUGGGUGCUGGACCAUGUGGACUGAGGACCGCCAUCGAGCUGGCCCUGUUGGGGGCUCAGGUGGUGGUGCUGGAGAAGAGGGAGGAGUUCACCAGGAACAAUGUUCUCCACCUGUGGCCCUUCACCAUCUACGACCUCCGAGAGCUCGGAGCCAAAAUGUUCUACGGCAAAUUCUGCUCAGGCUCUCUGGACCACAUCAGCAUUCGUCAGCUGCAGUUAAUCCUGCUGAAGGUGUGUCUCCUGCUGGGGGUGGAUGUGCACACUGAAGUGGAGUUCCAGGCUUUGAUUGAGCCCACUGGUGAAACUGGUUGGAUGGCCAAACUGCAGCCUCAGUCUCAUCCUGCUGCGUCCUUCCAGUUUGACGUCUUCAUUUCUGCUGGGGGAGGCAGAUUCGUCCCUGAUGGUUUUAAGCACAAGGAGCUGAGAGGAAAACUGGCCAUCGGCAUCACCGCCAACUUCCUGAACGGGAACACGGCUGCUGAGGCGCAGGUACCUGAGAUCAGUGGUGUGGCCCGCAUCUAUAACCAGAAGUUCUUCAAGGAGCUGCUCAACCAAACAGGUAUUGAUUUGGAGAAUAUUGUCUACUACAAAGACGACACUCACUACUUUGUCAUGACUGCCAAGAAGAAGAGCCUGCUGGAGAAGGGUGUCAUUAAACAGGACUACAGCGACGCAGAGCAGCUGCUGGCUCCUGCAAACGUGGAUCACGUGGCUUUGUGUCUUUAUGCUCACGACGCGGCGUACUUCUCCACGGGGGGCAAACUGCCUGACCUGCAGUUCGCCAAGACCGGCGGGGGCCAGUCGGACGUGGCCAUGUUCGACUUCACCUGCAUGCAGCGCGCCGAGAACGCCUCUCUGGUCCGGGAGAGGAGGGGCAGGAAGCUGCUGCUGGCUCUGGUUGGAGACUGUCUGGUGGAGCCCUUCUGGCCUCUGGGGACGGGCAUCGCUCGGGGCUUCUUUGCUGCCUUUGACGCAGCGUGGGUGGUGAGGAGCUGGGGUCUGAGUGUCCCACAUCUGAAGGUCCUAGCUGAGAGAGAGAGCAUCUACCAGGUCCUGUCCCAGACCACACCRGAGAACACCAACAAGAACUACUCUCAGUACAGCAUCGACCCGAAAACACGAUACCAGAGACUCAACCUGUGCUCCAUUCAGGACCACCAGGUCCAUCACCUGUAUGAUGCAGAGAAAACUCGUCCAACCAGCAGCAAACAGACAGACGGUGUCCUGCGUCGAGAUUCAGGCAGUGGCUUCGAGGAGUUGUUGAAGUGGUGCCAGAAACACACAGCAGGUUAUAAGAACGUCAACGUGAAGGAUUUCAGCCAGUCCUGGAGGUCCGGCCUGGCUCUGUGUGCUCUCAUCCACCACCUGCGACCCCACCUGAUUGACGUGUCGUCUCUGGAUGAGGGGAACAGUGUUCACAACAACCAGCUGGCCUUCAGCCUCAUACAGAAAGAGCUGGGCAUCCCCCCCGUCAUGUCCCCCAGUGGACAGGUCGAUAAGUUGUCCAUGGUCCUCUACCUGACGCAGAUCAAAGACGCUUUCACUUUGACACCAAAAGCAGCAGAACCUCUGAGAGAGGCCAAGACUCUGACUUUCGCUCGAGCUCAGUCUGCCGUCUUCUUCCUGAACAAGCUGAAACACAACUCUCUGCUGAGACACCGGGAGAAGUUGGCCUCUGGGAAACAAAGCACCAAAACAGAGAGAAGAAUGGGAGAUGAGGAAUCUCCUCUGGUACCUCCUGUUCCUCCUGAGCUCAGCCCCGCCCCCGCUCCAGAGCCUGAACCAGACGAGCCGGUGCCGGUGCCGAACAGCGAGCGGUGCUACUUCUGUGGGCAGAUGGUGUACGUGGUGGAGCGCGUCAGUGCUGAAGGGAAGUUCUUCCACCGGAGCUGCUUCACCUGCUGUCAGUGUGGCAUCACGCUGCGACACGGAGGCUACACCUUCGACCAGAACACAGGGAGGUUUUACUGUGAGCUGCACUCUGAAGAACUGCUGCUGAGAACAUCCUGUGAGGGGAGCAAAGAAAACCCUGCAGACACAGACGAAGAGGCCGGGCCUUCUAGUGACGAUGAAGAAACACCUUCUCCAUCAGAUGACGAGGAGUUCUUCACUCUGGACUGUGGUCCUGCAGCUCAGCGUGCAGCAGAACCUGAAGAACUACAGGAAUCUCCAACUGAGGACAGCAGUCCGUGUCCAGUCCCAAAGCCACGCCUGUCUCGUCAGAAAACUCCCAGCCUUCAGCUCUCCACCCCAGUUGCCAAACCUCGAACCAUUUUGGUGAAAGCAGAGGUCUCUUCAUCUGCAGUCUCAGAACCAGACCCUCAUCCUAAACAGUCCCUGAGAAAGCUCCAGCUGAGCGUCGAGGAGAAACACGAACUGGGGAACCUUCAAAGCUUCAGCGCAGACUCGGACUCAGAGACCCCCGGCGGAUCCUCCUCCUGCUCCUCUUCCUCUGCAAAUGCAGGAGGACCCCCCAAACAAGACGGCCUGGAUGUGCAAGAAGAGGAGGGCUACUGGAGCGGGAGCACUGCUAGUCUGAACCGAGAUCGCAGGAACCGACAGUGCUUCAAGAAGAAAGAGAUGCCGAACGGGCAGAUCAAACCACGGUCCAAGUUCUCACCCUGGAACCUGUCGUCUCCCAGGAUCAACAGAGACCCCCGGCUCAGUGUCCUAGUCAGUCAACCAGGGAGAGUGGAAACAACAUUCAGACACGCCCACAGUGCUUCACAGGAUGCUGUUGAUGAAGAUGAGGAUGACGACGAUGAGGAUGAUGACAUGACGUUGGAACCUGGGGAUGUAGCGUUAUUUGAUAAGAAGUCCCAAAUGGCACAGUCUGAGGCUGACCGGGUCCAGGCAGCCAAGCUAGAGCUGAAGAAGAUGAGGACGUUGGAGCGGCGAGCCAAGAGGAGUGAAAUCCAACGAUUCCGCAAUGCUCAAUCGAUCCAGAGAAGACUAGAGGAGAUCGAGGUGUCGUAUAAAGACCUGGAGGACAAAGGUGUGGAGCUGGAGAGAUGUCUCCGAGGAGAGUCUGGCAACAAUGGUUCCCCUGACACCAUUGAACAGUGGAUCCAGUUGGUCCAUGAGAAGAACGCGUUGGUUUCUGAGGAGUCGGACCUCAUGGUGGCCACACACACACACACACACACACACACACACACACACACACACACACACACACACACACACACACACACACACAUCUGGAACCUGAAACUGAUCAGUUACAGAUGAUGAAGUCUGGAGGUCAGAGCAGGUGGUCCUCCUGAAAGGAGACCCUCAGGCUGCUGAUCAGUCUGGAUCCUGGUCCACUCAGACCCAGGACCCAGGACCCUGGACUGUGACGGGACACAGCAGUUUAUUGUACAUGUGGCUUUGAAUGAUAGAGAAACGUCUAAAUGAGACCUGAGGAUCUGCAGAAUCCUGUUUCCUGUUUCAACCAUAAACAUGUUGAAACAUGUGGAGGGCUUUCUGCAGCUGGGUGGGCUCUGUGGGAUCAGACAGAUUUGACUGAGGACCCUCUGCGAGGGGCGGGGUGAUAAACCAACCUGGUUCUGAAAGCUUCAUGAUGAUGUGCAGCUGCUGCUGGAUCAUCAGAACCUUAAAGAAACAGAUAAAAGAAGCUGUUGAAGUGAAAAAUGUCCUGCUGCCUCUCUGUGACACGUCCUGCUCUUCAGUCUGAUAAAGACGAGUCACUUCUCUGGUUUUCUUCUCAUGUUUAGUCCUGUUUCCACGUCCUGAGCUGCUGAAAGCCUCCAGUAACUGUUGUUCUUCAUCAGACCUGCAGGGGGCAGGCUGGAGACUCACCGUUCAGCUCCUGCAGCAACACAAACAACAAGAAA